ACGUUACUACGGGUCUCCGCCCCCUCGUGCUUUCAUCUCUCCACGCGUGUGUUGUCUAAAGUUGUGCCAAGUUUCUUUCGUGUUGUGUUUGUUACUCAAAUAGCCCUCCACUGCAUUCACUUCUGAAGUAUGCUGUGAAUCCCGGCAGUGCCGUGGGUGCGUCCGUCAACGCUUACUGAACCCACGAAAUCUCCUAUCUUUCUUUCCACGGUAGAGUCGUAUCAGUCUCGCCUAAUCACCGUUCCGGAGCAAUCUUGCUCUACGUAGCGUACACCGCUGUCGUCGGUGGUCCGUUGCGGGUACAAGAUUUGCUCUAAGAAGUCGGCGGAGCGCUUCGCGACAGCUGAUCACUUUAGUGCACGAAACGAAGUUUCAAUCCAGCGUACGGACUCCGUGUGAGCAUCCGUCCGUACAGAUAACAGCUGUUGCGACAGCCGCUCUUCGGGCUCUGGUGGCGUUCUGUGGCACCUUGACAUUGUUUUCUUCUACAUCGCCGUGCAGCGCAUGAACGGUGUAACGUUCAUAGUCGCCGCUUUGACAGCGGUGAUAGCUGCGUGUGAACCAUCUGGACUGCUGCAUCAUCGGCCUGACCGGCGCUGAUUGGUGGGUGUGCCCGGUCAGGUGCGUUUGACAAGGCUCCGACGAUGUCUCUGUGGAACAGUCCCGGCGGGGGCCGCACCGCCCAAAACUACGGGAGCACGCAGCAAGGAUUCGGUGGCAUGGACAGCCCGUCACGAGUUUCAUCCGACACUCCACAACGCUAUCACCAGCUGUGCGACAACAUCAGCUCCUCAAUAUUUUCCAUCAACAAUGACACGGCAACGCUUGAACGGGCAUCGAGGCAGCUGGGUACACAGGCAGACACUGACGCCUUCAGGGAGAAGCUUCACAUGACACAGCAGAACGCCAACCUGACUAUCAAGAGCACCACGACUGCACUCCAAGAAUUGGGAACACUGGUGGCCCAAGGAGACAAGCAACAAAAACUUCAAUCAAGCCGGCUUCGCAAUGAAUUCCAGGAAGUUGUCAAGCGUUACAGCAGUCUGCAGAAGACCGUGGCUACCCGGCAGAAGUACACGAUGUACGCACGACCAAGUGCUGCAGCUAAGCCCUCUGGUCGUGGAGGCACACAAACUGGUGGCUGGUUGGACAGCCAGCCAGCAACUUCAGAUGAAACGGCAGCCUUAUUGGAUGAUCCGGGUAGUCCCCAGUCACCGACACAGCAGCAGCAGCAACAACAACACUUGAGACAAGACAUGGACUACGAACAGGCACUGCUGGUGGAGCGGGAGCAACGCAUUCGGCGGAUCGAAUCGGACAUGCUGGACUGCAACCAGAUCUUCAAGGACUUAGCCAACAUAGUGCAUGAACAAGGAGAUGUCAUAGACACCAUUGAGGGCAACAUUGAGAGCACCCAGCAUAACACUGGGCAAGCUGUGGAGCAACUGCGUAGCGCAGCCAACUAUCAGAGGAAGUACAGGCGGAAGACAUGCUGCCUGCUUGUCCUGGUGGUUGUGGGGGCUGCCGUGUUAGCCCUGGUCAUCUAUUUCUCCAUCAAGUAGUCCCACCAACCAAGCCCGGCCUUUGCUAGUCCUCACACUGUGCAACGUGACGAGGCCGUUUUUCAAACAUAUCCUGCAGUAAUAUGAGUGAAACUUACCCAGCAGACACCUUCUUGGCGCAGACCACGAGGUCUAUUGAGUUUCACUCGUGGUGUCUCUUCAGCAGACACCUUCUUGGCGCAGACCACGAGGUCUAUUGAGUUUCACUCGUGGUGUCUCUUGUUCAGGGAAGAUGGAAGCUGGACGAGCUUUUGUUGUGUGGCCCGUCUACCUGUCUGGAGUCUUUGCGAGCAUCUCAAGCUGUCUCUUCCUUUAAUAGUCCAGUUCACUGAUGUAGCAGCUUUUGUUUUUCAUCGACAGCAGGAAACCUUAAGAUCAUAGCCAAGAAAGAGUUUUUUGUUUAUUCAGUUUGGGGAUGAGCUAGUUCCAACAUUUGGCUGUGAUGAAACAAAAUUCACGCUUUCAGCACUUCUAACAAUUGGAGACCUCGCGAAGGAAAGUUAACGUGGAUCAUAGCAUGCGCUAUCUUUAUGAAGAAAGCACGCUUAUGUCGGGUAGCCCCAGGUAAGCCUAUGAAGAAAGGUUCUCUGAGCAGUGUUUUACUGUAGCUACACCUGCUUUCGAUGACAAGCGCAGUGUUGAGCCACCAAUGCGUUGGUCAUUUGGGUGCCGAAUUUCUUCGUUUAGGAUGGAUGUCUCACUUGGUUCUGAUUUUUCGGGACCAACGUUUUGUUACGCAGCUCAGGGACACUUCUCUGCAUAAGUUACUGUUACCUCUGCAAAAGUCUGCACGCCUUUCCAGUAGCGUGUCACUCUGACAUCAAACCUAACCAGAAGCUUGGUCUGAUUGUUCCAAUAAUAUUAUUUAUAUAGGCUUCUUUUGUUUGGAUGUGAGUGGCCACUAUUUUCAACAACCAAGUGAUGCUUAGUGGGAGAAUACGUUGCAAGCUGGACACUACACGAUAGUGCCAUAUCAAACGAAACGCUCAAGACUGGUCAUCAUUACUCCAGAGCUGUUACCCCAAAAAUGCCUUAUUUGGUUCAACAAAAGCUGACUGAAAACAGAAAAUAUGGUGGCUUGCUGUUCGCUUGUUCUUUACUUUUGCUGUGCAUGGUAGUUGCAGGUAAGGCAAAUGGGCCACAAGGAACAUUAAGGUUGUCCAAGUAAAAAAAAAAAAGAAAGAGGACUGCACGGAUGAAGAAAUUAAUGAAAAAGUAGACAUGACAGAAAAGAAGGCUUGCAAAUACAGACCCAAGACAACACAAAUGCAAUGUAUUGUGUGUUUUCUGAAACUUUGUGUGUGUGUUUGCACACCGUGUAGACUAGUUCCAUUCUUUCUAUCUGAGGAAGUAGACACCAAAAAACAGCUGUUAGACUUUUCUUAUUGUAAGAAUCCAUGAUUUAAUAACUAGGAAUUAGUGAACAAAAAGCUGCAAAAAUACAACUGUAUGAUGCAAAAAAAAAAUAGGGGGUAGGGGAAAAUACACACGAUACUGUAAAUAUGUGCUUCAAAAAUGCAAGACCUUUAUUUUUGCAAAGCCUCAAAGGCUGACUGAUGCACACUUAAUUACUUUGUUGGGCAUUAUUGUACUUACCAUAAUUGCCACAAUUGCAAUACUGCAGGAUUUAUGGGUAGUACGUAAUAGGUGGGAUAGCAUGCAGAAAGCUGUGAAACCCCGCUCCAGUCACGAUGAGAAGCAAAACAAUCAUAGCUGAAGGAAUCGAGCUGUGUGCUAUCUAUGGUUAAGUUGUUAGUAAACGCAUCCGUAUACUUAUGUAGAACUAAUUUUUUACAUGCGCAAAGCAGUGUGGACACAGCACUGAGUGAUCUAUAAAAAAAUUUUUUUUCGAGACUUUGACCUUUCUGUUGACUGGUGCCUGUAUGAUGUAAAUAUAAAAUAAAAGAAGAAUUUACCCUCUAGUUACAUGAAGUUGUGCAAGUAAAAUACGGCUAUUGAUCAGUGUAGUUGGCCCGAGAGGUUUCACUUUGCAAACUUGUACUUAUAAUGCUGAAUGCAACCUCAUUGAUGUGUAAUUCCUUUCCAUUACCUUCUCCCAGAGGCCUGUCGAGUGUUUGCUGCAGCUUAAUAUUGUCUCUUGUGUUUGUAUCUUUCUUUUUCUUUUCAUGCAUAGAACCUAAGCCUUUGUUCCAAAGUCCUUGUUGCAUAUGUCUCACAAUAGUUACACAAAGACUGAUAUGUGAGCUACCAUCCUUCUUUCUUUUUAAUUAACAAUAUACUACUGGUGCAUGUUGUUCAGUAUAGGUUGUGUGCUGUAUAAUAAAGAGACUUGUUAUUUUACAUUUGCCACAACAUGA